CGCGAACCCGACCCGAUAUACGUCGACGUGGCCCGUUUUAAAACGGGUCGUUUUACUAUUUACAUCUUCAUCGGAGAAAUUGAAUCUUCUUGGGUCGUAACGGUGACAAUGGAGGCUUAUGCUUCUUCUUCAUCACUGUGUCGAGUUCCAUCUCUGUGUACCGUUGGAUCAAGACCAAGUCAGAUAAAAUCUACGGCUAGUUUCGUACCUCCGGGAACAAGAAGAAGAAGAAGAAGAAGCCACGGCUUGACGAUGAUAAGUAAUCGACGGCGACUAAGAACGACGUCAGCGGCUCUAAGUGAACUCGCUGACACGGUGGCGGAGACAGGCAAAUCGGAGAUUACGUGGCGGAUUAUAGUUGGAACUAUUGCUGGAAUCAUACCAUUCCUUGUUGCAGGUGUUGAAUUCAGCAAAAGAAUUAUUGCACAGAAGAGAUGUGAACAAUGUGGAGGAACAGGACUUGUUUUUAGAGACAAGAAAUAUUUCCGUUGUCCUGAGUGUGGUGGGUUUCUUCCAUGGCAGUCAUGGAGAAGAUUCUUUACAGGCUGAUGAUGAUCUCUGCAAUGUUAUAAUCUAAAAGCAUGAAGGCAAAAAAAAACAAGAGGAGAUGUACUUGAAUACAUUUUAAAGAUUUGUGUAUUUUUUUACAAAUAUGUUGGGAGAUUAAGACCAGUAGUAUCUCUAUCUCUCACUCUCUAUCUUAGUGUGUCAAAUAUAGAUCAUAUAUUACAGAGAAGAAAGUUAUUCCA